UGAAGUAUUAGGUUUUACCUAGAGAAGGCAUAAUCUCUUUAAAUUGAAUAAGUAUCACGCAAUAAUUCAUGCAGGUCAUAUUAAUCAACGCAAAAGCGCGAACGAGAAUAAACCCAGCAAUUUUCAGGCAUACAAUUCAGAAUAGUGUCAAUAAUGCGAUUGUUUAAAGUUCUGAGUAUUUUCGUUUUGGGAACAACUUUCGUGGAAGUGGUAAACGGGGAAACAAAGACCUUGUUCGACUUCAGAACCCUCAAGGAUGUCCAAAACUGGAUGGAAAUUUCGGACACGGUCAGACCUGAGGGAAAAUCAAAAGCUACAUUGGUUCUAAAAAAUCUUAAUGGUGUUCAAAGUGCCGUUUUCAACAACAUUUUAAAUCCACAACCAAACGGAGCAGCAUUCGCUGGCAUGAGAACAACUCUGCCCAACUUGAAUUUAUCAUCUUUCAAAAAUAUUACAAUUUCUUGCAGAGGAGAGGGAAAUAAUAUGAACUAUAAAAUUGUUCUGAGACACAAUGGUCAGCAUGCCAACGAGGAUAAUACUUAUGAACAAUUUUUCACAGUAUCAAUGUCAACCACGCAGUUUUCAACUAAUUAUUUGCCCCUGCAGGACUUCAAAGCUUUCUUUCGUGGCCAAGAAGUUAUGAAUGCGACACCCCUGAACACCGCCAAUAUAACAAUGUUUGGCUUGCAAAUGUAUGGAGGGGUGUACUUGCCCAUUAAACAGACAGGAGAGUCGGAUCUAAUAAUAGAGGCAAUUUAUGCAACUUCCUAAAAUCUCAACUUUCUACGUUCAUUCUUCAAAUAUAUGUUGACAAAACGGGCCAUAUUCCUUCUGGUAUUCUAAGUAUUAGUAAC